AUGGCCUCUUUGAACAAUGAUAUGCCUCUUGAGGGAACUUCAACUUCAAGACCUCCCUUCUUUAAUGGUACAGAUUAUGCUUACUGGAAAAGUCGAAUGCAAAUCUUCCUAGAAUCAAAUGAUUUAAGAAUUUGGAACAUUGUUGAAGAGGGAUAUAAAGUCCUAACCAAAAAGGAUGAGAGCAACAAUGAUGUUCCAAAGAAUGUAAAGGAAUUUUCAGAGGAAGAAAUUAAAGAAGCAAAUUGGAAUGCUAAAGCUAAAAACUUAAUCACCAACGCUUUAGGAAGAGAUGAAUAUUUUCGUAUAGCUUCCUGUAAAACCGCAAAAGAAAUGUGGGAUGUGUUAGAAAUAACGCAUGAAGGAACUAGUGAGGUUAAGGUCUCUAAAAUUCUAGGAUUAACUAGAGAAUUUGAACUAUUUGAAAUGAAUGAUGGUGAAACCAUACAAAGUAUGCAAAAGAGAUUUACUCAUAUCAUCACACAUUUAGAUGCAUUAGGUUCUACAUACACUAACUUUCAAUUAGUUACGAAAGUUUUGAGAAGCUUGAACAGGGACUGGCAACCUAAGGUGACAGCUAUUUGUGAAUCAAAAGACUUGAAGACCAUGUCCAUUGCCACACUCUUUGGAAAACUUCAAGAGCAUGAAUUAGAACUGACAAGAACUUUGAAGGAGCAAUCCAAAAAGAAAAGCAAAGGAAUGGCUCUCCAAGCAACAAGCUCAAUCUUUCAAGCUGAAGAAAAAGAAAAGAAUCUAUCCGAUGAUGAAUUGGAUGAAGAAGAAAUGAGUUUCUUUGUAAAGAAAUAUGGAAAAUUCUUCAAAAGAAGAAACCCACAAAGAAGAUUUCCCUUUCCAUCAAAAGGAAAAACAAAAAAUGAAGGAUCACCUAAACAAAACAUUACAUGCUACGAAUGUGGAAAAAAUGGUCACUACAAAACCGAUUGUCCAAAUUUCCAAAAUAAAGACAAAUAUGAGAAAAGACAAUCAAAAGAGAAGAAAGGAUUCAAAAAGAAAGCCUAUGCAGCUUGGGAUGAAGAUUCAAGCUCUCCCGAUAAUUCAAGUGAGGAAGAAGCCAACGUAUGUUUCUUGCAAGAUUCUAAAGCUUCAAAUAAAGUAAGCAAAGAAAUACAACAUAUGUGCUUCAUGACUAUGGAAGAUGGCAAUGAAUCGGAAUCCGAGGUAAACUCUACUUGCUCUACAACUUCUCUUUCAUAUGAAGAACUGCAAGAUUUAUUUGAAGAAUUACAUAGUGAAUCUUUAAAGCAUAUUAAAACUCUUAAAGAAUUUAGAAAAACUAUUAGAUCAUUAGAAAAACAAGUUGCAUGUCUAAACAAAGAAAUAAAAAAUUUAAAGGAUGAAAAUGAGACACUCAAGAUGAUUGAUGCUAGUGCAAAUUGUAUUAAAUGUUUAUCAUCAAAUAAUCAUGCAUCAUCAUCAUCAUGUACUUCAUGUGAAAAGCUAAAAAACGAAAAUGAUGAUCUAAACAAAAUGCUAAGCAAAUUCACAUGUGGUAGAGAUAACUUGAAUAUACUUCUUGGAAAACAAAGAUGUAUGUUUAACAAAUCAGGGUUAGGAUUCAACACUAACAGUCAAGAAAAAUCUUACAAGAAUUUCUUCAUUUCACCAUCCUACAUGACUAGUAGUCCUUUCAUUAAAUGCUUUCAUUGUGGUGGAAAAGGACAUAGUGCAUCCACAUGUAAGAUUAGAAAGAAUGGAGUAUACUUGAGAAGCAUUUCAUCCAAAUGGGUAUUGGAUAGUGGCUGUUCAAGGCAUAUGACAGGAGACAGCACCAAAUUUCUCUCAAUCACAAGGAAAGAACAUGGACAUGUAUCCUAUGGGGACAACAACAAAGGGAAGAUCCUUGGCAUUGGGAAAGUUGGUAACUCUUCUUCAACCUGUAUAGAAAAUGUUUUACUUGUUGAAGAUGGUAUGCCUUCAAAUGACGACAGUUGCUUGGUUAGUAAGGAAAAUGAUUCAUGGUUAUGGCACAAAAGAAUUGCACACAUUGGCAUGAAUCACUUAAACAAAUUGAUCUCUAAAGACUUAGUAAUUGGUCUUCCAAAGCUUAAAUUUCAAAAUGACAAAUUAUGUAAUGCAUGUGUAAAGGGAAAACAAGUGAAGGCAUCUUUCAAAUCUAAAAAUAUUGUUUCAACUACUAGGCCUUUACAACUGUUGCACAUGGAUCUUUUUGGACCUACACAAACUAUGAGCUUUGGUGGAAAUUACUAUGCAUUUGUCAUUGUGGAUGAUUUUUCUCGCUUUACAUGGACAUUAUUCCUUGCUCAUAAAAGUAAAGCUUUUCAAGCAUUUAGAAAAUUAGCCAAGUUUAUUCAAAAUGAAAAAUCUUUGAACAUUGUUUCUAUUAGAAGUGAUCAUGGGGGAGAAUUUGAAAAUCAAGAUUUUGAAAUGUUUUGUGAUGAAAAUGGAAUUCAACACAAUUUUUCCACUCCUAGGACUCCGCAACAAAUGGAGUUGUAG